AUGAUGGCAGAGUCCUUAGCGGCUACCAGGGCAAAACGGCAAAAAGUUGACAAGACUGGUCGUUUGUCGGCUUUAGAAAAAUUAAAACAACUAAAGGGGAAAGGCUCUAAACAUAAAUACGACGUGGAUGAAUUGGAGAAUGUGUAUGACUUAGUUGAUGAGUCUGAAUACAGUAAUCGUGUAUUACAGCGACAAGAAGACGAUUGGAUUGAAGAUGAUGGGACAGGUUACGUGGAGGAUGGUAGGGAAAUAUUUGAUGAUGAUGAGAUUGAAGAUACUUAUGUGGCUAAAGAUGGCAAAGAAACAGGCAGAGGCCACAAAAGAAAAGCUAAAGUUGCUCCCCAACCAGCUGGGAAAGGAAAUAUCAGGAAUCUUAUUGGUGCUAUGCCAAAUAAAAAGAAAGAGGAUGCCAAAAUAUCAGAUGACAAUAUUUUAUCUGAUAUCAUGUCAGAUUUAGAUGGUACUUCAUCAUCAGCAGUGAAACCAAAGAUUGUUGUUCCAAAUAGAAAAAGCAUAGUUGACUCAAGUAAGAAAGAUGCCCAGAAUUAUUUUAAAAAUUUGUCAUCAUCUGUUAAAAAACCAACACCACCUGUGAAAAAGGAAGAAACUGUUGUUAUGGAUGUUGAUAAUGUUGCUGAAGAUAAUAAGCAACCAAUUAUUGAUCAGGAAAAGCCAAAGAAAUCUACAUGGUUAAUAGACAAAGAAAUAAAGAAAGAAAUAGAAGAGUCUCCCAGUCAAAUUAUAGAAGAAUUUGCAACUCAAGUUGAUGAUCUAGACUUUGGUGAUGAUUUCAGCAAUGAUGCAGAACUACCACAAGUUCCAAUUAAAGAAGAGACUAAAAUGACUGACAUAUUACAAGAUGUUGCUGAAGAUUUUAAAGAAGAUUUUGAUAUAUUUCCAGUAAAGAAAGAGCCCAAGGAAUUGAAAGCCUUAUCUAGUAAUUGGUCGCAGAAUGAUAAUCAGGUUGUUGUUAGCAUACAGAGUGAUGUACAGUUGCCUUUACAGAAGAAUAAGGAUGGGGAACAAGUGUUGAAGUUUUAUUGGCUCGAUGCUUGGGAAGAUAAAUAUGUUAAACCGGGAGUCGUGUAUUUAUUUGGAAAAGUAUAUGUUAAUCCAUCCAAGAAGAAAGAGAGUUGUGCUUCAUGCUGCUUAGUUGUGAAAAAUGUUAACCGACAAUUGUUCCUUCUUCCAAGAGAAUAUAAAUUAGAUCCCAUAACCUUGGAGGCGACAGAUCAAGAGGUGACAAUGAUGGAUGUUUAUGAAGAAUUCAACAACAGUGUUGCUAGUGAAAUUGGUUUAAAAGAAUUCAAGUCAAGGAAAGUUACUAAAAACUAUUGCUUCAAUCUACCAGACAUACCUGCCCAAUGUGAUUAUUUGGAGGUCAAAUAUUCUGCUUCUUUUCCAAUUCCACCAGUAGGAAAGAAAUAUUUGACAUUUUCUCAUAUAUUUGGUACCAACACAUCUUCACUGGAAAGCUUUUUGCUUGAUAGAAAGAUUAAAGGUCCAUGUUGGUUGGAGGUGAAAAAUGUUGAGAGUGUUCAAGCUAAAGUGUCCUGGUGCAAAUUAGAAGCAUCAUGUGAAAAAAUGGAGAAUGUGGCCGUCAUAAGAAAUGAUAGUGAUUUAGAACCACCCCCUAUUGUUAUUGCCACUUUAAAUAUGAGGACAGUUAGUGAUCCAAAAACAAAUAAGACAAAAAUAUUGAUGAUGAGUUGUCUAGCUCACAAUUCCUUCCCUAUACACAAGCCACCACCAAAUCCACCUUUUCAUCAACACUUUUGUGUGAUGACAAAAUGCAAUGACAUGUGGCCGAUUGAUUUGAAACAGCAAAUGCAACAAUAUAAAGCAACAAAAUUAACGAAAUGUGACAAUGAGAGGGAGCUCCUUAAUUACUUUAUGGUACAGUUUUGGAAGCUUGAUCCGGAUUUAGUUGUAGGUCAUGACCUGCAAGGAUUUCAACAGGAUUUACUCAUAGGCAACAUAUUGGACCUGCGUAUUCCGAAUUGGUCUCGACUCGGUCGCUUAAAGAGAUCAGUAGCUCCGCAAAAGAAAUUCGCAGCGAGAAGUGCUUUUCUUGGGAGACUGGUCUGUGAUAUAAAACUAUCUGCAAUGGAGCUUAUAAGGGCGAGGAGCUUCGAUCUAGAUUCUUUAUGUGUUAGUGUCCUGAAAAUGAAAGAAGGGGAGAGAAUUGACGUAUCUGUUGAAGACCUACCCCGAUAUAAUGAAAGUUCAAGUGACCUUUUACAAUUAGUUUCACUAAGUAUGCAGGAUGCUUCAUACAUUCUGAAGAUAAUGUGCGAACUCAAUGUGAUACCACUGGCCCUACAAAUAACGCAAAUCGCGGGCAAUAUUAUGUCCAGAACUUUGAUGGGCGGCCGGUCGGAAAGGAAUGAGUUCUUGUUACUGCACGCUUUCACUGAAAAGAACUACAUUGUGCCUGAUAAAAUAUAUGGAAAGAAGGCUGACGGCGAAGAAGACGAUCAGGACGAAACUGGAAACGUAUCAAAGAAACAGGCAAAGAAGAAAGCGGCUUACGCUGGAGGCCUGGUGCUCGACCCUAAGAAAGGCUUCUACGAUAAACUCAUCCUUCUAAUGGACUUCAACUCCUUAUAUCCAAGUAUAAUUCAAGAAUAUAAUAUUUGUUUUACGACUAUCAAAAGAAAAAACGGCACUGCUUCAGAUGAUGACAUCAAUAAUCUGGUUCUACCCGCUCCUAAUACGGAAUUCGGAGUACUGCCCACACAGAUAAGAAAACUGGUUGAAAGUAGACGGGAAGUUAAAAGACUAAUGAAAUCACCUGAACUUGCUUCCGAACUGUACAUGCAAUAUAAUAUUCGGCAGAUGGCGUUAAAGCUUACUGCAAACUCUAUGUAUGGUUGUCUUGGCUUUACACAUUCUAGGUUUUAUGCGAAACCUUUAGCUGCUUUAGUCACUAUGAAGGGUAGAGAGAUUCUAAUGGACACCAAAGAAAUUGUUCAGAAACUAAAUUAUGAAGUGGUUUACGGUGAUACCGACAGUUUGAUGAUCAAUACAAACUGUUUAGACUACGAUUACGUAUUUAAGAUAGGCAACGACUUGAAAAGAGAAAUCAAUAAGAAGUACAAACAGAUCGAAUUAGACAUUGAUGGAGUAUUUAAAUAUCUACUUCUGUUGAAGAAAAAGAAAUAUGCUGCUGUAGUGGUCAGUAAAAACAAAAGCGGUGAAUUCGUUUAUAAUCAAGAGCACAAAGGCUUAGAUAUUGUCAGGAGAGAUUGGUCACAGCUAGCCGCAGAGGCCGGUAAAUUUAUCUUAACACAAAUUCUUUCCGAGCAGACGGCUGACGAGAGACUAGAAAGUAUACAAAAUCAUUUAAACAAAUUGAAAGAAGAUUUAAUGAACAGCAAAAUGCCUCUAUCGCUAUUGACAAUAACUAAGCAGCUUACCAAAAAUCCUAACGAAUACGCAGACAAGAACACCCAGCCGCACGUACAGGUAGCCUUGAGAUUGAACAGCAAAAAUAGCAGACGUUUCAAAAAGGGCGACAUAGUUCCGUAUAUAAUCUGUGAGGACGGCACAGCUAAUAGCGCGACGCAGAGAGCUUAUCACAUAGAAGAAUUGAAAAAUUCUGAACAUCUUAGCGUCGACUACAAAUAUUAUUUGGCCCAUCAAUUACACCCCGUCAUAUCUCGUAUAUGCGAACCCAUCGAGGGAUUGGAUCCGGCUCGAGUAGCGGACUGCCUCGGCCUGGACCCCUCGGGUUACCGUCAGAUAAUAAAGAAGGAAAUCUCCAAUACAGAUACAUACGAAGUAGAGAACGAUAAAGAAAAAUACAGAUACUGCAAAGAAUUCACCUUCAUCUGCGUCAACGAGAAAUGUAGAACUGAAAACAGGAUACGAGACACGUUCAGGCAGGUGGAGAAGGAGAGCGUCACGUUCCUGGAGCGGUGUCAGAACGAGAAGUGUAGUGUGAAACCUAUCGACUACUUGGCGUGUAUACAGAAUCAGUUGUCGUUACAAAUGCGUCAGUAUCACAGCGAGUAUUAUACAGGGUGGUUGUCGUGCGAGGACCCCGCCUGCGGGUAUCGCUCGCCGCGCCUACCGCAGACCUUCGCCGCCGGAUAUCCGCUCUGCAGGCUAUGCGAGAAAGGCGUCAUGUUCCGCGAGUACACGGAGAAAGACCUGUAUUUACAAAUAAACUUCUUCCUGUUUCUGUUCGAUGUCAACAAGCAUAAUACGUCAAAAACAAAAAUAAGCCCUAAUAUUUUAUCAGCCUUCCAAGUCUUAAAGGAUAUGGUCGAAGAGGUCCUUGCGAACUCGGCGUACGCUAUUAUAAAUUUGUCAAAAUUGUUCAGAUUUUUUGGUGUGGAUAACAAAGGCGGGAAUAAUAUUAAGUCUGAAGACCUUGAAAUCGACAUUCUUCCAGAAACUGAACACAUAGACGCCCUACUGGAACUGGGGACUUACUGA